AUGACAUCGGAUAAAAUCGAUCUGAUUCAAAGUGUGCGACGUGGUGAUUUAGUACGAGUUCGUUAUCUUGUCGAACAAAGAGAAGUCGAAUUGAAUAUUCGAGAUAAAUGGGAUUCCACACCCUUGUACUAUGCAUGUCUAUGUGGCCAUUAUGAAAUAGCUCAAUAUCUGCUCGAUAAUGGCGCACGAUGUCAAGCGAAUACAUUUGAUGGUGAACGAUGUCGAUAUGGCGCGUUAACCGAUGCGAUUCGAACAUUAUUAAAGAAUUAUAAUGUUUUAACAACACGAACAGUUAAACGAAAUACUUACGACGAAUUUCUACGAAAACUUUAUGAAGAAGGUUCAUAUAGUGACGUGACGUUUAUUGUCGAUGAAAGAACAUUUUCGUUACAUCGAUGUGUCCUGGCUGCCCGAUCAGCAUUUUUUCACGAAGCGUUGGGUACGCGUUGGAAAGGAAAACGAUGUAUUCACUUGGGAAAGGCGAAAUUCAACGCUGAAAGUUUCGAAGCUGUCGUUCGAUAUUUGUACACUAAUUGUUGUGAAAUCGCAUUGGACAAUGUUGAUAGUGUUGUAGCAUUGGCUAAAAGUUGCCGUUUGCCACAUUUGAUUGAAUUAAUCGAAAGAAAAAAACAUGAAAUCGAUGAAUGGCAAUCAAGUAAAACAUCCUCAUCAAGUAUUUAUCGCUUAGUAUUAGAACCCGAUGAUGAUGAUGACAGUAUACGAUUAGAUUUUCGUAUAUUAGCUGAGCAAGCUGUUCCAGUAGAACUUCGACAAUGGAUUGCUGGUAGUGAGUUACCAUUUAUCGAUCAACCCAAACUAGACAUGUUUUCUGAUUUGAUAUUUAUUAUUGAUGAUCAGUACUAUUUUAAUGUUCAUCGAGCAUUUAUGUGCACACGAACGGAAUAUUUUUCUGCGAUGGUAAAAAAUCAUUUCAAUGAAAUGCUUUUGAAUCCCACGCAGUCAACAAUGCCUUUGAAACAUAUACGAAAAGAACUAUUCCUUCCACUUUUGUAUUACAUCUAUUCGAACGAAUGUCAAAUCUCGGUCGAUUGCGUCGAUGAUUUACUUGUUCUAGCCGAUGAACUUCUCCUUCCUGGUUUGAAACGUCUAUGUGGAAAUACAUAUUCGAAAUUACUUAUUAAACUCGAACAUCAGUGCAUUCGAUUUAUUAGCGAUCAUCUCGAAGAAGUUUUACAACAAGAUGAAUUUACUAAAUUUGUCCUUGAAGAUGCAGCAAGUGUAGUUGAUCGACAGGAGUUGGAUACGGUACCAAUUAUCGAUGAUCUGAGAUUUUAUUUAGCAGAGUUUUCUGCUGAAAAUUCAUCGGAUAUGGACGAAACUUCAGAAAAAAUGAAAUUACUCGAUGAUUUUCUUGAACGAAUCGGAUUGAUUAUUUAA